UCUGCGUUGACACCGGCCAUCCAGCAGAUCCCAACAGAGCAGCCUCGACCGCCGUAUUCAGAGAUCCCAGCUCUCCCAGUUCCUGUUUCCGUCGCAGCCUUUCUACUCAAUUCUCUGGAGCAACAAAUCUCGGCUACCGCCGCAUCAGACCCCAGUCUCCGCAGCCCCGGUCGGAUGCCGCUGGAAGCCGGUGUAUCAUGUCAAGGUAGGUGAUAUUAACCCUGCUGCUUGGCGGAAAUGUAGCAGCCACGGAGGUUCAGCUCAUAGAUUUCCCCGCUACAUCCCGGCCUGUUGACUGCGUCGCUCCCGAGAUCACGGUGACCAAAUAGCGGUCACGGAAACAACUCCAAUAAAAGAAUCCUGUGGGACUGGAAGGAAACAGCAAGACGGUGUGGGACAAGCUGGUCAACACAGAGCUGGGUGGAAGGGAGGAGUCACCAAAUGGGACAUUGAAACACAGACAUCAGAGCAUGCUAGCCAUGCUUUAGCACACGCAGGAAAGGCUGGUUGAUCGCUGGAGAAACACCUGCUGCCUUUUCUUAAACACCCCUGAGCCACAAACACACGCAUCUCCCGCUCAUCUGUCAUUUUCUGUACACCAUCCCUGCAAAGAUGCCGAUGCCAAGGGUGGCGCUGUGGCACUUGUGGUGACGGGGCACAGAGUGUGUGUGCACAUCCGGCAGGCAGGCCGGUGGGUCGGUGGGUGUACAGGCACACCAAGAGGCAUUUCUGGGUGGGCAAGGUUGCACCAUGCGGCCCUGGGCGGGUUCAUGGCGUUGGAUUACCCUGGUGCUGUUGGCCUGGGGCACGCUCCUUUUCUACAUCGGUGGCCACUUGGUGAGGGAUAGCGAACACCCAGAGCGGUCCAGCCGGGAGCUCUCCAAGAUCUUGGCCAAGCUAGAGCGGCUUAAGCAGCAGAAUGAAGACCUGCGGCGCAUGGCCGAAUCGCUCAGGAUACCAGAGGGUCAGGCAGAAGCCGGGUCCCUCGCUGCAGGGAGACUGCGCUCCCUGGAGGACCAGCUAACCAGAGCCAAACAGAAGAUCCACAGCUUCCAGAAACUCACUGGAGAUGGCCCAGGGCCCACUCAGGAGGAACUGCGGAGGACGGUGGAGAAUGGUGUUAAGGAGUUCUGGUACUUUGUUCGCAGCGAGGUGAAGAAAUUGGCCAACGCCGAGCUCAGCGAGAGGCAGAAGUACGCCGACACGCUCCUGCAGGACCUGGGACACCAGGAGAGGUCCAUCAUGACAGACUUGUACUACCUCAGCCAGGCGGACGGAGUGGGCGAGUGGAGAAUAAAGGAAGCUAAAGACCUGUCGGAUCUGGUCCAGAACAGAAUCACCUACCUACAGAACCCCCCAGACUGCAGUAAGGCGAGAAAGCUGGUGUGUAACAUUAAUAAGGGCUGUGGUUAUGGCUGCCAGCUCCACCAUGUUGUCUACUGCUUCAUGAUCGCUUAUGGCACCCAACGCACGCUCAUCCUGGAGUCCCACAACUGGCGCUACGCCCCCGGCGGCUGGGAGACCGUCUUCCUGCCUGUCAGUAACACCUGCACCGACCGCUCUGGGGCCACCACUGGACACUGGUCAGGAGAGGCCCACGAUAAGGACGUCCAGGUUGUGGAGUUGCCUAUCGUGGACAGUCUCCAUCCUCGGCCCCCCUACCUGCCCCUGGCGAUCCCUGAGGACCUGGCCCCGCGCCUGCACCGUCUGCACGGCGACCCCUCCGUCUGGUGGGUUUCCCAGUUUGUCAAGUACCUGGUGCGCCCACAGACAUGGCUGGAGAAGGAGAUCCAGCAGACCACCGCCAAGCUGGGCUUCAAACACCCCAUCAUCGGAGUCCAUGUGAGGAGGACAGAUAAAGUGGGGACGGAGGCGGCCUUCCAUCCCAUAGAGGAGUACAUGCUGCAUGUGGAAGAGCAGUUCCAAAAUCUGGCCAGACGUGUCCACAUCGACAAGAAACGAGUUUACUUGGCCACUGACGAUCCAUCCCUGCUGCAGGAAGCCAAGACCAAGUAUCCAGACUAUGAGUUCAUCAGUGAUAACUCCAUCUCGUGGUCGGCAGGCCUUCACAACCGCUACACUGAGAAUUCACUGAGAGGAGUCAUCCUGGACAUCCACUUCCUGUCUCAGACCGACUUCCUGGUCUGCACCUUCUCCUCACAGGUCUGUCGUGUGGCCUAUGAGAUUAUGCAGACGCUGCAUCCAGACGCUUCCUCCUUCUUCUAUUCCCUGGAUGAUAUCUACUACUUUGGAGGUCAAAACGCCCACAACCAGAUCGCCAUCUACCCCCACCAGCCGCGCAACAGCGAGGACAUUCCCCUGGAGCCCGGAGACGUGAUAGGCGUGGCCGGCAACCACUGGGACGGAUACUCCAAAGGCAUCAACCGCAAACUGGGCCGCACUGGCCUCUACCCUUCCUACAAGGUGAAAGAGAAAAUCGAGACCGUGAAGUACCCGAUGUACCCCGAGGCAGACAAACUGCUCAACUCUCAAAAGAAGUAGAAGAAGAAAUGAAAAAAAAUAAAAGGAGUGAGGAGAAACAUGCAGACUCCGAUUCCAGGGAAGGAGGCUGCUUUUGUACAGAAGAGAGAGGCGUACUUAGUGCGCAAAGCUGGGAAGAAAAGAAAAAGCCUGUACCCAGGGCUGAUAGGAAUGA